GUGUAGGGGUCGGAUCCAAAAUCCCAGUAGUUGGCAAAUUUAGUCUGUGAUGAGUGAGGCCCAUUCACAAAAAUGGAUCUUCAAAUUUCGCGCAGCUACUUAUUUAGAGAGAGAAUCAAUUUCCAAAUCAAAGCAAAAGCAAGAGAGAAAAAUAAAAUGUCUUCACUCCUCCACAAAUCAUAAACCGCCAUGUGUCAAUCCCUACCACCACCACCACCAAUCCCCCUCCCCCGCCGCCGCUCCUCCGCCGAGAUGUCCCCCGCCGGCUCACUCAGAUCCGAUCAAUCCGCUCUCAUCGCUCGAUUGCUCGAUUCUGAGCCCCGCCAUAUGCCCCACCCCGAUUACAUCCGCUUCUGCCAUAACCGCCCCAUCCACCUCGCCUCUCGCCAGGAUUCCAUCAAUUCCAUUCUAAAGGUACAUUCGCAUUUCGAAUUCAAACCGGUCACGGCUUUCCUCUCCAUCAACUACUUGGAUCGCUUCCUCGCUGCUAAUUCGAUUUCGGAAACCGGAUGGCAGUUCCAGCUUCUAUCAAUCGCAUGCCUCUCUCUCGCCGCGAAAAUGGAGGAAUUGCACGUUCCAUGCCUUGUCGAGCUGCAAUCGCUCGAGCGCACCUACAUUUUCGAGCCGAAGACGGUACAGAGGAUGGAGCUUCUAAUCCUGACGACUCUCGAUUGGAGAUUACGCUCCGUCACACCGUUUGAUUACCUCGAUAACUUCAUCUCCAUGCUUCCUUCCUCCUCCGCCUCCGCCGCAAAUCACUCCGUCGCCUCCGAUAUAAUCCUCAACACCAGCCGCGUGGUGGACUUCAUGAGGUUUCCGCCGUCGGUGAUUGCAGCGGCCGCCGCGAUAUCCUCCGGCGGCGCGGGCGCAGAUCUGCCCGAUACGUUCGAUGAGAGAAUAAACAGAGAAAUGGUGAGAAGCUGUCAUCAACUAAUGGAGGAAUAUUUGUUGGACACGUGUCUUUCAUCCGACGGCCUCAAAGCCGCGCCGCCGAGUCCCCACGGCGUCCUCGAUGCGGCGGCUUGCGCUAGCUGCGACACCAAUUCCGAAAAUCAAGCCGGCUCCGAGCCGCAAAACAAGCGGCCGAGAUUGUCUCCGCCGGAUGUACAGGAAUCGUAACCGUAGAUAAGCAUUAGGUAUUCUUCUGUUUUCUGAAAAAAAAAUAACAAAACAAAACAAUUCUUUUGAAAACAAAGGAUACUUUUGAUUUAAUUGGAGCAAUUAUUUCCAUAAUUGGCUGUAAAAAAGGAUGGAUUUUUUUUUUAAUUGGAUUCAAUUGAUUGCCCCUAAUUUUGAGACUUUUACUAAAGGGGGCUGUGUACUCCAAUAAUUUUGGUAUGAGUAUUUUUUCUUUUUAGUUCUAGUUUUCUAUUUCAUUUUCUUUUUUAGCAUAAUGGUGGUGGUAAUGGAUCUUUUUCGUGUGUUUGUAUGUGCUUUGUUAAUAAAGAUUUUAGAGCGUUGUUAUA